AUGGCUACUUCUCUUAUUUUUGUCGAUGUAGAAUGUAACGAAAUGGCUAAUAAAGCCCAAAUCUAUAGUGACAACGACGGAAUUUAUGAUUGUACUUUAAAUAAAACAGAUGAUAACAAUGAGACUAUAACAUAUCGAAUGGAAUUAUUAAAAGUCAAUGAACAAACUGAAUAUUAUUUGUUGAUAGAUAAGUCAGGCAGCAGCAAGUUGUUGGAAUCGUUUCAUUCUAAUAUUGAAGCGGCAAAAUCAAAAUUUUAUUCGAUAUUUCAUGAUCUUACGGGAAAUUAUUGGCAUCUUCGAGAAAGUUUUUCUAAAAUUCGAGGCCAUUAUAGUUACAUUUAUUCCAAUGAUCUCAAUUCUUCAGUAAGUGAAGA